AUUUCGACAGUCUUGACGGAUCUCACAGCUCCAGCGGCAGGGAAACACACCCGUCAGCAGCGCGCAUUGGAGACAAAAAAAGCGCAUCACGGACAAAGGAAAUAUGGGUGCGCUGGAGAGAAUUCACCUCAGCCGGGUAACACAAUGGAUGAGCCGCUUCUGUUUCAUUUACCGGGAGACCAAUUAGCCCACCUUAAUGAGGUGCUGGGAAUGGGAUGCAAGAUACUGCAAGCUAAAAAGGCGGAAGGCUGCGUUUAAUCCGUCUGCGGAUCCUAUGAGCUUGCAAUGGCUGUGGCGGGGAUAUGCAACUGGAUAGGGAAUAAUGUGCCUUUUUAUUUUGUUAUAUUUUCCUUAUUUUGUGGCCUUUCAUUCGGACAAUUGCAAUAUUCGAUUACGGAAGAACUAGAAAAUGGGGCACUGGUCGGUGAUCUGGCGCAUGACUUGGGGCUGGAUAUUCGAAAGCUCGCGACUCGAAAAAUUAAGGUAACGUCCAACAGCGGUAAACGCUAUGUGAUUGUCAACCCCAAAAAUGGGAAAUUACUUGUCAAUGAAAGGAUCGACAGGGAGGCACUGUGUGAUUUAUCCAGCACCUGCCUGAUUAAUCUGGAGGUGCUGGUCGAAAACCCCACUGAGGUGCACCAUGUCGAGGUGGAGAUUGUGGAUGCCAAUGACAAUGCGCCGCAGUUCCCCAGAGACGAGUAUCAACUGGAAAUCACAGAAUCUGCUUUGCCAGGGUCUCGUUACCCAAUUGAAAACGCUCAAGAUCCAGACAUUGGGUCCAAUUCAGUUCGUAUGUAUCAGCUUAGCACAAACGACCAUUUCGCGCUGGUGUCUAACAAACCCUCCCUAAAUACAAAGCACAUCGAGCUUGUGCUCAAAAAGCCCCUUGAUCGUGAACAGACGCCUUACCACCAGUUAAUUCUAAGUGCUGUGGAUGGUGGGACGCCAGAGAAAACAGGCACGGCUAAAAUCAAUGUCCGGGUCCUGGACUCAAAUGACAAUGUUCCCAUGUUCGACAGUUCAGUGUACAAGGUGAAACUGUUGGAAAAUUCGCCCAAAGACACCCUGGUAAUUAAACUGAAUGCAACUGAUCUGGAUGAGGGCACAAAUGGAGAGGUUUAUUACUCGUUCAGCAGCUACACUCCAGAGAGAGUGAGGCAGAUGUUCAGCAUGGACACUAAUACAGGAGAAAUAAGAGUGAGGAGCAAUGUUGACUAUGAAGAGACCAACUCCUAUGAGAUGUACAUCCAGGCGAUGGACAAGGGCCCUGGGGCCGUGGCAGCACACUGUAAGGUAGUGGUAGAGGUGGUGGAUGUGAAUGACAAUGUCCCUCAGAUAGUGCUGUCAUCUUUGUCGAGCCCCGUGAGGGAGGAUGCCCGUGCAGACACAGUCGUGGCCCUCAUUAGUGUUACUGAUCGAGACUCUGGCGCUAACAAGCAGGUGAGCUUAGAGAUCCCAGCAGGCCUUCCUUUCAAGAUCAAGUCAUUCAGAAAUUACUACACUCUGGUUACCUCAGCCUUCCUGGACCGCGAGACCACCGAUGCCUACAACGUCACUCUGAGUGCCACAGAUGGAGGAAACCCUCCCCUUUCCUCCCAGAAGACCAUACAGGUGGAUGUGGCUGAUGUUAAUGACAACCCACCACGAUUUGAACAGACUUCAUAUACCGUCUAUGUGGCUGAGAACAAUGCCCCUGGGGCCUCUUUGUGUACUGUGAAAGCUCAGGACGCAGACAUCAAAGAGAAUGCACGCAUCACCUACACAGUGCUCAAUGACAACAACCAUGGCAUCCCUGUCACCUCGUAUGUGUCUGUUAAGGCCGAUACAGGGGAGGCUUAUGCCCUGCGAGCCUUUGACUAUGAGUCAUUGAGAGAGUUUCACUUCCAGGUCAAAGCCCAAGAUGGGGGCAUUCCACCACUCAGCCGCGUUGCCACUGUCUACAUCUACAUAAUGGAUCAGAAUGACCACGCUCCACUGAUAGUCAACCCUCCCGGCAACGGCACACGCUCCUUGGAAACGGUACAAAAGAACGCAGAGCCUGGUGCCUUGGUGACCAAAGUGGUGGCAUACGAUGCAGACGCUGGUCCAAAUGCCUGGAUGGUGUACGUGCUGGAGACGGCCACUGACCUGGACUUGUUCAAGGUGCACGAACACACCGGUGAGAUCAGGACCACUCGAAGGAUCCUGGAGGACAACUCCACCUCUUUUGCUCUAACCGUUGUAGUGAAGGACCAUGGGCAGCCUACUCUCUCCUCCACCGCCACCAUCAAUGUGGCUGUCAUGGAGGUGCCACCCAAAGUGGUUCCUGACCCCAAGAGGAUCAUCCGACCUCAUAGCACACUGCUUUUCUCCAAUGUGACCCUCUACUUGAUCGUGGCUUUGAGUGCCACCACCUUUGUUUUCCUGGUCACUGUGGUGGUGCUGGCAAUCGUCCGCUGCCACGCCUACUGCACCCAGCCUGGCUCCUGCUCCCCUUGCUGUGUGUCACAGAAGCCCCCUCCAGAUGGUGGGAGCAGCAGCGUAAGUGCUGGUGGGGGAGGCAGUGGUGCAGCCGGGGCACAACCUAAUAACAACGUGGUGCUUCGGAGAGACCUUAAAGUGGAGCCUCACUACAUUGAAGUGCGUGGGAAUGGCUCCCUAACAAAGACUUACUGUUACAAGACCUGCCUGACAGCCACCUCUGGCAGUGACACUUUCAUGUUCUACAACACAGGACGUCCCAUCAGUGGCACCUGGGGGAGUGGUGCCGACCGCUUCUUCACGAGUGGAAGCGGAUUUGUACGCAGACUGAGUAUGCCUGAUGCCUCGCUGCAACUCUGCCCAGAGCCAAAAGCCCCGAAUGCUGACUGGCGAUAUUCUGCAUCUUUGAGGGCAGGGGUGCAGAGUUCGGUCCACAUGGAGGAGUCUUCUGUGAUGCAGGGAGCACAGGGGAUGCUGGUCCAGAACUGGCCCACUGUGUCCAGCGCUGCAGAUGGAGAGGGUGGUGGAGAGCUAUCGCCCCCAGUGGGUGCUGGAGUCAACAGCAACAGCUGGCACUUCAGAUACGGCGCCGGACAAGGCUACGGCCCUCCUCAGCCCCUGAAGCCCGGAGAGAUUCCUCCUGAAGCCUUCAUCAUCCCCGGAUCCCCAGCCAUCAUUUCUAUUCGCCAUGACGCUGGCCCUGUGGAUGAUAAAGGUGACUUCAUAAGCUUUGGCAAGAAGGAAGAGGCCAAGAAGAAGAAAAAGAAGAAGAAGGACAAGAAGGACAAGAAGGAUAAAGGAAAGGAUGAAGGGGGGGAAGAAUAAAGGAGAAGGGGUGACUUGAAAACAGAGCUACCAACAAACUACCAUCCCAAUUACAGAGCCAGAAAAGAAAGCCAAAUGCAUAUUGUAGAACUGAGGGAGCCUCAUUGCACCAUAUUUGCAUGGACAUUGUACAGUGGCCAAACCCUCAUUAGACCAGGCCUGGCUUCCCACACCAUGCGAACCUGCUAAACAAAUGUUUCUCUCUGUUUCUUGGCUCAUUUGGCCCAUAACUGUGGCCCAUAAAAGUCUGAGGUUUAUGGUAAACUAAUGUUCUUAGUAAACAGACUUCAUCUAACGGCUGGACCAAAUUAAAACAGAACGGAUUUUAUUGGAUUAGAUUAGCCCCCCCACCCCUCUGCAGUUUGUAUAAUAAAAACAAAAACACCCGAAAAGGUGUACUAUUCGUAUCUGACCAUUGUCAGCUGAGGCUGCCUGUAUUGGCAUCUCUGUCUUUAUGCAGCCCCCUUCCUUUUUGGCUCACCUAGGUGAAGUGGAAGCCACACUAAAAAAAAUGAAACAGAGGCUUUUGUCUUCAGUAUUAUGGAGUCCUUGUAGAAAUUCAGAAAAUGUGGUCUUUUAUAAAAAAGAAAAAUGAAAAAGUAACAACAUACAGUACAAUAUGUACCAUGAGAUUAGCACCUUUACGAGAAUGAGGUGACUGAGACAAGCAGGACCACACUCAAAUAAAAUAGCUCUGUUUCAGUGUACCAUAGCACAUUGCAGAGGCUGAGGACCUGGACUGGGUUGCACCAACUAUGCGCAAGUUUGUUUCCAGGUUAGGGUGUAAAGUAAUGGCUUCAUAACUGCUGGUUAAUUUGCAAUUUGCAAGUUACUAAAUUUGAUUGUACCAUGGGUGAAAUUCUACGGCUGUAGCAAGUUAUAAUAUAAAGUUUUCAGAUGAGUAGCCAAUCAGUAAUAGCAUUACCUUGCUGAUGGGUACAAACCACAUGGAUUUGUAGUUGACUAGAUUGGCAUAAAACUGACAAUUGGUAAAUAGAAUCCAUAUUUGACUCUUAUAGGACAAUGCUAGUUUUUGCAUGUUUUAGUCCAUUCUCUGCAAAUGGACUAUACUGAUACGUCACUGCUGAUAUUUUCCAAAAGAGACCAUUGUGUUUUGGGAAUUUUUAAAGUAUUUUUACCACCUUUCAGGCAGCCAUUGUUUUUGCACAAAAAUGAAUGAGCUGAGACUUAAUACGUUUUCGCAUUAAGAAAUCCAUCAUAGUGCUCAUCCAACUCAGUGUCUGGUUUGAUUGUUGUUUAAUUUACAUUUUCAUCACAUCGUAAUGUAGCUGAAGUGCAGAUUCAUUGGGAAACCACACUGCAUUAUCACAAUAACGUCAUUUUGUAAAUUAAACACAGGCAUGAUGGAUUAUGUAUGUCAAGCAAGUCUCACCAUGUCGAUUUUCAUAUUGUAUGGAAUUGAAUGGGAACCAGAUUCUGCCUGAAAAAGAUACACUAAAAAUAUAAAAACUCAAUUUGAAAAUAGUCGUCAGUAUUGUGCAAUUUGUAGAAAAUGGGCAGAAACAUCCAGAAUCCUUCCUUGAAGUCCUUUAAGUUGCAAAAUGGCAUGGAAUGACUAACAAAAAAAUGCUGUGUGCAAAAAAAAGGAAUUUAAAAAAAUCCUGCUUUACUGUUAGUGAGUGCAAUUGUGUGACUUUGUAUCAUUUGCACCUGCUUUAUUGCUUGCUUAGCUAUUUAGUUGUUACUUAAGGUUACGUUGUAACAGAUUUAUGUGGUGCUACCGCUUGUGUUUUAGCAAUGCGUGAAUCGGGAAUAGUGGCUACUUCGGAUAUAACUAGGGAACCUACGUGCAGCUGAUGCAACCAGCCUGAUGACCUUGCCUCUUCUGUUGGAAUAUGGCACAGGUCAAUGGGGUUUUAAUCCCACUGUGUAUCAGCACACCCAGUCUGACACACACAUUAUUGUACACAAACACUGACUCGCUCUGCCUCUUACUCACACAUACACACAAGAACACACACUCUCUCUCUUGCUCUCUUACACACACGCUCUCUCUCUUGCUCUCUUACACACACAGACAUACAGUACAUACGAACACACAAACUAGAAAAAUAUACUAAAAGAAUACACACCCCUUUCUGGAAACUCCAAGACUGAAGGACAAUGACAUCCUUAAUAUGGGAGUGUAUUAUAUGGCUGGGACGCAGGAACGUUGCUUGUUGCUUCAUUUCUGUUCAAGCCUGAUCCCUCUACUUCUGUCUUUGAAUGUUAAGUAGCCCUGUACCACUGCCUCGACUGCUUCAGUGCUUGUAGGAUUUGCUUGCCCACUGCCUGUUUCCUCCCUCUACUCCUGUUUCUUCAAAUCAACAUGGUUGGAUGACAUUUUUCAAGUCACUCUCCUUCAAUGAACUGUGCCGUUGUAACACAGUAACAUUUGUGUCUUUGCAUAUUUACACACAUAAUACAUACAUAGACACAUGCACAUAUACUACACACACCACACACACACAUCUUUUGUUAGGCUCAACUUCAACUGAGUUUAUGCGCCCGAGUGUCUCUUCUGAUUGUUCAUUGUUGACAGCUCUGUCAUCUCUCACAUUGGUUCUACGCACUGAAUUGUAAGGACAGGUUGACAGGUUAGCAAAAACUGAGAUUAUGAUGUACUGGAUAUAAUGAGACAAGAUGGAGAGUCAAAAGAAGAGUUGGAAAAUAGCAGUCAUUGUAGUGUUUUGUGUAGCUCCAACAUAGAAGAUAAAGAAACUACAGCAGCGUUAAUUGGGCAAGUCAUUGCAAGUGACUAAAACCACUUACAAAAUAGGUGUAGCGCAGUUCAGCAGCAGUGGAAUAAGGGUGGUAGUUGACUUGGAAGGGGGGGCCAAUUUAGGGAUUAAUGGAGGUGAAGCACACUGUUGACAUUGUUUGUUGUGCACCAGUGAGAGGUAACAACAUGAUAGAUGGUGGAACAAGGGAAGACAAUACCAGCAAGCAAGCAAAGCUUCAACACUCCCAGCUGGCAAGACCUUACAAUUAUACAUUUCUUGCUUAAUUGCUGCAAACAAACCUGCGUGGGGCGUGCUGUAUAGGAGAAACUUAAAUGUUUCAGUGACCCAAGUGUAAACGGUGUGAAAUGAUCAGCUUUAUUUGGCCAUGACAUUGUGAAACCCAGGUCUAGCAUGGUAGAGAAAGGGUAGUGCGAGCAGUAGAUAUUGGAACAGCAUCAAUGUGAUGAAAAUCUCCCCUCAGUGUUCCUUUUUUUAGACCAUCAUCUUACCAGUAACAGUAGUGGUAUAUAGGUGCUGCUAUCUGUCUCAAUCCCUUCAGUGCACACAUUUCCUUCCCUCUGCCCCGUCCUUCAGGUGUACUUCUGUGCUGUCAGAUCACCAAGUGGCUGUUUGCAUGUUAUAAGCAAAGGAAACAGAUACUAUAUAGAUACUAUAUAUACAUAGAUAUGUUUUUCCACUGGGAAAUGCGUAUUGGAAUACAUGUACCUCUGAUACACAUUCUCAAAGACAAUACAUACAUUUUGAAAGACCCAUACUCAUCCACACAUACAUACAUAUACAGUAUUGCAAACAGUAAUUUGUGGAAAAACCUAAAAGAAUCACAUUUUCUAUCCUGUUGAAAAUGAAUUUAAUCUUCUAGAUAUACAUAAUGCUAUUGUGUUAUGCUAUGAAAUGCUUUUUUUUCUGUUUUUACCCUCAUGAUUUUCAUAGAUAAGAAAUUAGAAAAUCAAUCCUUAAAGUUGUGUUAAGCUUUGAAAUGAUGAUCAAACAAACACUAUUGUGAAAUCAAAUAAUUUACUCACCAUCCAUAUUUAUCCCUUUCCCAGUAGAGAAAUAAAGAAAAAGAUGGAAAAAAAAUCUAAAUACAUAAAAUGGUAUAAAAAAAAUAAAGUUGAUGUAUUCUCUGCUUGUGUAUAGUGAAUGUUCCUCAGUCACUGGGUGUGGCAGUGAAUGGCACAUACCAGUGGACUGUGACAGUGCAGAUCUGUUAAUAACUUUUUUUGUACACCUGCUUAUCAUUGUAAAAGUGAUAAUAGUGAUUCUUAUGAUUUAUUCGAUCUGGUAUGUGUUUUGUUAAUAAGUCACAAAUAAAGUUUUUCUUAAAUAUCUUAA